CUCUUUAUCUCGUUUCUUUCUUUCUUUCUUCUCUUGACUUACGCAACUAGCAGGUCACAAAAGAUCUCGAUCUGCAACAACCAUGUCUUCUAGAAAGUUCGAUAACCCUCACUCCGGCGACGGUGCUAGUCCCGGGAAAAUCUUCAUCGGAGGGUUAGCCAAAGACACAACCUCGGAUACGUUCGUGAAGUAUUUUGAGAAGUACGGAGAGAUAACUGACUCGGUUAUCAUGAAGGAUCGACAUACGGGUCGGGCCAGAGGAUUCGGGUUUAUAACCUACGCGGAUCCUUCUGUUGUUGACCAAGUCAUUCAAGAGAACCAUGUCAUCAAUGGCAAGCAGGUUGAGAUAAAGAGGACUAUUCCAAAGGGUUCAUCACAAGCUAAUGACUUCAAAACAAAGAAGAUUUUUGUUGGUGGUAUUCCAACUUCAGUAUCUGAAGAUGAGUUGAAGAACUUCUUCUCCAAGUAUGGUAAGGUUGUGGAACAUGAGAUUAUACGUGACCACACUACGAAACGUUCCCGGGGCUUUGGGUUUAUAGUUUUUGACAAUGAAAAGGUUGUUGAUAAUUUAUUGACAGAUGGGAACAUGAUUGAUAUGGAUGGUACUCAGGUUGAGAUCAAGAAGGCCGAACCAAAGAAAUCCUCAAACCCAGGUUCUCUUCCUCCAUUUGCUAGUGACUCUAGGCCACGUUCUUACAAUGAUGGUUUUGGUGGAUUUGGCGAUUCUUAUGGAAGUUUUGCGGGUAGCGGUUAUGGUCCUGGUUCUUAUAGGUCACUUGGAGGUUUUGGCGGUAGGCUCGGUGAUUAUGGUGGGUAUGGAGGUGGAGAUGACUUCGGUGGUAGUUUUGGGGGUUAUGGUGGCAGCGCUGGUGGCUAUGCAGGUUAUCGAGGAGAAUCAUCAUUUGGUUACUCUAGUCGCUAUGGAUCCUACAUGGGGGGCCUUGGUGGUGGAUAUGGUGCUGGUGGGUUAGGCGCAUAUGGACGAGGUGGUGGGGGCUAUGGCAGUUAUGGUGGUCCAGGCACUGGUGGGGGCUAUGAAUCAGGCCCUGGUGCUGGUUAUGGUGGGGCAGGAGGACUGUAUCCUAGUAGGGGAAGUUAUGGUGGCAGUAGUCGAUACCAUCCUUACGCAAGAUAGAUUUAUUACUAAGCUUUGCAGUAGAAGUUGCAUGCAGGUUUAAGCAUUUUCUAGACACAAUACUGCAGGUGGCCACUUUCUAGAAGUCAGAUGAAUCACUAGCAUGUCUGUUUUAUUCAAUUGGUUAGACAACCGAAGGUAGAACAUCAUCAGUAUAGAGCUUCCUGAACAUCAUCAAUCUAGAGCUUUCUGAACAUCAUCAAUCUAGAGCUUUCUGAACAUCAUCAAUCUAGAGCUUCCUGUACAACAUCAAUAUAGAGCUUCCCGUCAGUUAUCAGCCUAUAUGAUUAUAGUUAGGCACGUUAUGCUUUUAUUUGAUAUUCAGAUGUUUUCAAGUUAGACUAUCUCGAUUCUGGAUAUGAAAUUUAGUUAGAGUCGCGGUGGAGUUGUGUGAAUGUGUACUAUUGUAGGUUAUACUUAUUAGAAUCUUGUUUGAAAGAGUUGUUCUUGAUCUUUCCAUUAGUUAUUCUUGGUAAGCUUAUGUUGAUGUUGACAUAACCUUUUCAGGUUAUACUACACUUGCUAUGAUUUAGUUUAUGUUAAGUUAGAUCAUAUCCAUGUGGUGGUUCUCACUUAGUUUAAACAGUUUUAUGAAGUCACUUGUCUUCCCUAAAGGGUUGUUUUGAUGGCAUCCCUUAUUAUCAAUCAUAAAUUGGAACAUAGAAAAGGUUGGACUAUUGAUCUGAACCUUAUACUGAGAUACAUAUUCUUAGAUUUUAUAAGACUCUAGCGAUGGAUAAUAGAUAUUUUCAAUGUGUAGGGGUUUCAGGGGUAGUUAAAAUGAGAAACUACAUGGUGCCAAAUGGGCAUUAUGUCCUUUGAUAGUGUACAUUUGUUGCACAUAGUAUCUAUUGAGCUAUGUUUCAUGAAAUUAUUUUUAGGUGCGUACCGCUAAGUAUCUCCAAAAUUUAAGGCAUACGAACAGGUGUGAUUAUGGAUGAUGCGAAUAGUCAUUAUGUCAUCUUUACAUUUUUCAUUUUCUUAUGGUAUCUUCAACCCUAAAACAUGCCCCCUUUGGCUUUGUCGAUUACCUGGAAUUUGGUCAGCGUUAGUGAUGACUUCUGAUACCUUGCCCUGGUUCCUUAAAUUCCCUAAAAGCUACGCUGAUAGCUGAAAAUAAAUUUGUUGAUUGUUAAAUGAAUUGUGGAGAUGGAGGCUCCUGCUACGGCGUGCUACGCGUGGAAGAUGUUGUAUUGGAUGCAAGAAUUUAUGACUUGAUUUUUGUUGGGUGGUUUGGAAUAUUUUGCCCUUUUUUUUACUGUUUAAAUUUCUGUAUUUUAAGUGCUUGUAUGUGUGGCUCUUUGGUUUAGUAACUUAUCUGCUACUGUUGAAAAUUGAGAAACUCGGUUGUAAUGUUCUAAUAUUGGUAUAUAAAAAUAGUGGGAAUUCAAUUAAUUGUAGCAAUGUUAAAGUAUAAUGAUGUACAACAUUUUGCAUUUGUUUUUUAAUUUUGGAAAUGUGGGCUGGUGACUUGCGGAAAGUUUGAUUAGGCAAUUUGCGUUAUUGGGCUACACGCAAGAAUAAGUGAUAGAUGUAGGAUAUAAUUUUAAUCUUACAUUUAUUAGUAGAUACCCUUACCAAAUUAGUUUUUGAAGAUAAUUGUUGAAUUUUUUAUUUUAAUAUUUUACAAGUAUGUUUUUGUUGAUGAUUUCAAUUUUCAAUGCU